AUGAGACCGUUGCAAAACUUCCAGAACAAAGUCCUCCGUAUCAUAACGGAUAAACCUCUCUACACGAGAAUCACGCAACUCCAUGAGGAGACGGACCUGCCUACGGUCAGGGAAUUUUUCGACCACGUUUCCUCCAAUUUUUAUGAAAAACAGUGUCAGGCGAGCGAGCUGACCAAAAACAUUAUCAAAACGAGGGAGAGACACAUUAAAAAAAUAGAUGCUGUGUCCCUAUAUACAAAUAUCCCCACACAACUGGUACCACAGAUACUGGAGGAAAAAUGGCACCUCAUAGAAAAAUAUACAGAUCUACCGAAAACAGAAUUCAUAGAGGCAGUGCAACUUACAUUGGGAACUUGCUAUUUUCAAUACGAAGACGAAUUUUACCAACAAAUAGAUGGUGUAGCUAUGGGUAGUCCGGUUGCUGGUGCAGUGGCUCAGUUAGUGCUGGAAUAUUUUGAAGAAAAAGUUUUGCUAAAUUCAUCAUAUAGGAUAACAAUUUUCAAGAGGUACGUGGAUGAUUGUUUAAUUAUAACAACAGAAGAUCAAAUUAAAGAAAUAAUGGAAGUUUUGAAUAAUCUUAACAACAAACUGAAAUUUACUCUAGAAACAGAACUGGACAAUAAAAUCAACUUUCUGGACAUGACCAUCAUUAGAGAAAAUAACAAAAUAGAAACUAAAAUGCUCCGAAAAACCAUUAACUCAGACCGGAUACUCGAUUAUAACUCAGUACAUAACAUCAAACAAAAAAAAGCAAUAGUAACCAAUUAUAUAGAUCGAGCAAUCAAAUUAACUUCACCACGUUAUAGACCGGAGAUACUAAAUCAGAUCUCCUCCCUACUUGCCACAAACAAUUACCCCCAAGAAAUGAUAAACAAAACAAUAAAACAACGCACUCAUAAAUUCUACAACUCACUAAGUUACCAAAAUCCAAAAACCGAGCCAAUAGUUUACAUACCCCUACCAUACAUCCCAACACUGUCUGAGAAAAUAGAAAACAUAAUAAAGCCAUACCCCAAUAUAAGGAUUGCACACAAACCGGUUAUACAGGUUAAUCAAUUAUUUUCGAGAUUGAAGGCAAUAGUCCCGAAAGGUCAAAAAUCACAUAUCGUCUACGAGAUACCAUGCAACCAAUGUAAUGGAGUAUACAUAGGACAAACGGAACAAAAUCUGAACAACAGGAUAAAAGGACACAAAUACUCUAAAACUCAAACAGCCCUUUACAAACAUACGAUAGAAAACAACCACACUUUCAAUUUCGAGAAUACAAGGAUAUUAGAUAGGGAAAAAAAUAAAAGAACCAGGGAAUUUUUGGAAAUGAUCUGUAUAAAACGAAACCCCAACUCUAUCAACGACAGAACAGAUAUAAAUGGUCUGAACAAAAUAUACUCAACGAUUAUAAAGAAGACAGCGGAAAACGACAACGAAAGAAGAAGAAGAGUGACAACGACACCAACUUGA